CUUAUAUCCAUCCAAGCAACUCCGUUAAAACAGCUGUCUGUUGAUGGUUACUUACUAUGUUGUCAUCCUGUAGGUGGUUCUACAAUGUGUGUAUAUUAUCAUUGUCAUUCUUCGCUCUGAGCUGUGUCUCAAAUAGCGAAGCCAUUGCUGGAGGCGUCGACCUACGAAUCCUACCCCUGGGAGACUCAAUCACCUACGGACAAGGCAGCAGCGAUGGCAAUGGAUAUCGCUUACCACUCUACAACCUCCUUCUCUCCGGCGGGAACAAGGUAGAAUACAUCGGCCGUGAAAAGCACGGUUCCAUGAGCAACAACCGCCAUGAGGGUCACAAGGGAUUCCCCAUCGGCCCCGUCGGCGACACCGGAAAGCCCAACUACGCCCAGCGCCCCAGCAUCGUCCUCCUCCUCGCCGGCACGAACGACGUAGUCUUCAAAAUCAAUCUGAAAGACGCGCCAACGGUGCUCGGGCGCGUCGUCGACGAUAUUGUCGCGGCCUGUCCGGACGCCGUCGUGUUGGUUGCGACCAUUCCACCCAUGCUAGACGCAAAUCGCGAAGCGCGCAAAGUUGCGUUUAAUGCCGCGUUGCCCGCUGUCAUAGCGCAACGGAACAGGGCUGGGAAACAUGUGCUCCUCGUCGAUCUGGCGAGGGUUACCGCUCAACAUAUUAAUGCUACUGAUGGUAUUCAUCCGACUGAUGACGGGUAUAGGUCGAUUGCGGAUGCUUGGCAUGAGGGUAUCGUGGCCGCUGAUCAAAGGGGUUGGAUCAAAGCGCCCAUCGCAAGGCCGGCGGAUGGGGAGGGUGAUAGACUAAAACCUAACCCGGAAGCUACACCUAUUAAGGCUGGGUCCUCUGCUGGGUUCUGGACUUCGUAUUGGAUGUUUGCGGCGCUGGUUGUGAUGUCCGUAGGUGGUUUUGUUGUUUUCAGAGUGCUUUAUUCAGGUCGGUGGAAUCGGAGGCAUUUUUGGCCGUAACCUUGGGUAUCGAGUGCGUCGGUGCCUGUCUCUCUAUCCCUCUUUCGCAGUUUGGAUAUGGUCGUCUAGGGGGCUCUAUGCUGACUGCAUAGAACGUUAUCACAGGGUUUUCAAAGAAAAGCCUGUUGAAUCAGUUAUGUUUAUUACCGAUAUUAGAUUACCUAGGUGUAUAAAAAUUAAUGGUACGAAGGGUAGAGCAGAAAGUUUUUCACGGGGAGAGCAAGCAAUUGGAGACGCAUUAAUACUUGCCUUUUUAACCCAUAUCAUAGGCGUGCAAGUAGCUGACUCGUUCAGGGGAUACUCAAGGGAUACGAUUAAAAUCCGG